AUGAUUCUCGUUGCUGUGAUUCGUAAAUUUCAAGGAGAUUUAGAGCACUUUCUUGAAAUAUGCGAUCUUACUUUCUCUGGGUUAGAUUCUGAAAAAACAGAUGAGGAUAUUUAUUCUAAAGAAAUAGAAAAUUUUCAAUUAGAUGACUCAAGUGAUGAAGAUAUUACGGGUAAAGAAUCUAAAGACAUUAUGAAAAUUUCUGAGACAGCUGUAAAUGAUCAUAUUGAAAAGCUCCAACAAUCCUUACCUGAUGAAACUGUUAAUGCAACAAAACUUUUCAUUAAAUUAAUUGGAGAGCAACAAGGUGAAGCACUAGCUGUUAGAAAAUAUACUCAAAAACGGGCUGAUGAAAGAAUAACUGUUAGUUAUGAACAAAAUGAUAUUGUUCUUCUUCCAUCCCAUUAUUCUUAUGAUCAUCUUCAUGCUGCUUAUAAUUCAUUGCAUCCUGAAAAGCUCAUUAAAAACGUUUGUGAUAAAUGUAUUUUAUAUAAAUGUGCAUUAAAAGAAAGUGUUAAUGAUACAGAUGAAAAUAUUGAUACACAAUUAAUAGCACAUAUAUCAGACUAUCAGGAAAUGAGAGAUAUGUACGAAGAUGAUAUUAAAAAAGCAAAAACCACUGAUCCACAUAGUCUAAAUCCUUGGACUAUUCGAGAACUUCUACCAAGAGGUUUUCCAGAGGAAAAACAAGUAGAUCUUUGGGAAAAGAUUCAUGAAUAUUGUCCAACUGAAUUUCAAGAUGAACUUUGCCCAAAGCCACCAAAUAAUGUAAUAAAAAGAGUAAAAGGAAAAGAAACUUGCGCAAGAGGAACUCACAUAAAAGGAAAAGAAAAAGAAA